GUGCUUUCUUUACUUGAAGCACUUUCUUCACGAAAGGUGCCUCACUCACUUGAGGUGCUUUACCUACUUGAGAUGCUUUACUCACUUGAGAUGCUUCACUUACUUGAGGUGCUUUACUUGAGGUGCUUUACUAACUUGAGGUGCUUCACUUUGCUUGAGGUGCUUUACUUAUUUGAGGUGCUUUACUUAAUUGAGAUGAUUUACUUACUUGAAAGGUGAAUUUCUCACUUAAGGCUUGUUAGAUUGUAAGAGGGUUGAAAUUUCACAAUAUAUGCUUUCAUACAGGGUGAUGAAUCAUUUUCCAUUUUAUAAGGUAGUUUCCAUUUUAUAAGUUAGUUUCAGGAUAUAUAUUACUUAUAGUAAGUUCUUAGAGUGUCUCAUUUAACCCUAAGGAGGACUUUUACUGACUGUAGGCCCUUAGAAAACCUUGAAAGACCACACUGCUGUGCUGUGUAGUCUUUCGAGUGAGUCUGGGUCAUCUUGCAGAUUUGUACCUCCUCAUACAGAUAUGGCAUAUGCAACUGCAGGAAUUAUUAGUUUGAAGUACAAGUUUAAAAGAUCUUGCUUGGGUAAAACUCUGCUCUUCUUUAUAAGACUUAGUUUAUUGGCAAAGUUCUUCUUUAGUCCCUUAAUUUGAAUGGACCAGCCUGCUUGUCAUCAAUAUCCACACCUAGGAGUUGAAUGUGUGUUACCCAUUCUAAGUUAUUUCUGGCAGAGUACAUGGGUGGGAAGGGGCAGUGAACAAUCCUCUGUAACUUAGCAUGCAUUCUAAUUUCUUUGGGUGUGAUAUUAGCUUGUUACUCACACAGCAGGCAUACAACUCUAUUAGGGGUUGAUUUAAUGCAGCUGACAUGUUGUCUAUGAUCUUCCUGAUACAAUACAAGGUAGUGUCAUCUGCAUACAUGUAGACAGACCCAGAUUGGACACAAUCAGCUCAACAAGAUUGCUGGUGUAUAGGGUCAAUAGCAUGGGCCCCUGAGGACACUCCCUUGGGAGGUGCCUGAAGACACUGAGUAGAGGCUUAAUCUUUGCCCAUUUAAAACCAUGUACUGUUGUUUCAAUGUAAGGUAACUCGUCAAUCUGUUUGACGGGGGGCUGUGUAUACCAGAUUGAUGUUGAAGCCUGUUAGGCAGGAUGUCGUGAUUUACACAAUCAAAAGCUUUCUUGAAGUGUCUUUUCAAGUUUCUUACUUGUCAUGAACAAGGAGGAGUUCAGUGAGGUAGCCCUUGUGAUAUGCUCAUUGAUUUUCUCUAACAAGGCAAUUAAAGCUCAGCACAUGAUCAACAAUCAAAUCUUGCUUGGUAAGCUGAGGAUAAAGAGAGGGCAAUAGUUUCCUCUGUCCAUUUUGUCAUCUUUUUUGUGUACUGUCAGUGGUUCUCCUGUUUUCUUUUCCAGGGGGAAGGUGUCUACUUUGAAACUUGAAGUAAACAGAGAUGUAUAUUGUCAAUGUGGAUACAAUAGUUUCUCCUAGCACCUCAAUUGACCUUUAGGGAUUUCAUCUGGGGCACUUGCUUUGUUUGUUUUCAAGUUGGUGUGCAUGUUGAGUUCUCCACUGCACCAGUUUUGAUUUGUAGUGCCAUUAACUGUUCUGUUAGAUUUGUGCCAAUGGAAGAAAAGAAGCCAUUCAUCACAUCAGCCUUUUCCAUUUUGCAAAUGGUAAGGCUUCAGUUAUCAUGUUCAAGACCUGGAUUGUUUUAUAGCAUUUUGACAAAUUUGUUGUGUUUUUCGUGAGUCACUGGUAGGUGCUUAAAGUUUUGACUUUGUCAACUUUACUUCUGAGGUACUCCACUUUUGCUCUCCUUACAUUAACUGUGGUCCUAUUUAGGAUGGAUUUACAUUCUCACCAUAGUUGAGGGUGCUUAAUGAUGCCUGAGUUCAGCUAAGGAUGGCUUGGGAUUGUUAAGUACAGCUAAGGAUGGCGGAUUGUACUUCAAAUUUAUAAAUUCAAAGAAAUAUGAAAUUAUACUCAGCAGAAAUGUUGUUGUUGAAUAGUACUAACAAAUAAUUGAACUUAAACUUUUAAAAGUAUACAUAAAGUACAGUCAAGUUUUGUUCUUUCCUGUUAUUCCUGGGUACAUUGGCAAUAUUGGCAACCUGUCAGUGGCCUGCUUGUUAUCUGGGAAGAGAACCUAUGUCUAUAUUUGAGCAAACCAUUUAUUUGAUCAUUUGGAGAAAAUUUUAUCUAGGUCACUCAGAAUAAUUACACUUAGUGGUUUAGAAAACCCCCUGCUCUGAUUCGAAAAAUGUUUGCAUGCUUUUGACAUUUAUUCAAUCACAACUGCUGAUGGUUUACUGGUUCUAGGUAGUUAGGUAAUGGGUCUAACUGCCUGACAGCUUCUGCCUCAUCACAUGAAGAAACGGUUUUGACAAUUUGACAGCCUCUACCUCAAUCGCAUCCUGAAAUAUGGAAAAAAGAAAAAGCUAUCUUUCUGGCCCUGGUUGUUAGAAUCACUCCUGUUCACCUGAUAGUCAAAUGUCAGAGGAGAAUUGGCGGACUCGCCGUGACCUUCUUUAAGUGUGAAGCCUAUUUAAUUGGAGCAUGAGUUAAGCGAGAAAGAAGAAUCUAAACCACUGCCCACCGUGAAGUGCACAAUAUUGAAUCCGAAAGCGCCCGAAUGGCCUCAACCCCCAGGUAUUAGUUCUUUUUAUGGGGUGUAGCCAAUUAUUUCUGAUGUAAUUCCCAACGCGAGUGGAAGUAACUUCAUCGACAAGGUUAAAUUGCAAGAACAGCAGAGCGCACUGCAGCUGCAACAGACCAGGAUUAUCGAAAUGCUAGCUGCUAACCAAAGCAAGAGCAGACUUCCUCAGCCUCGUGUUUCCACGUUCGACGGGGUGCUGUGGAGUAUCGCACAUUUUUUCCGGGCC